AUGAAUAUGAUGCGCGCCAAAAGAACCAACACACAACCCCUAGAGGAUGCGUCUACUGCCCCCGCAACCUUCAACGAUGGUCUCCCCCUCCCAAAACUGAUCGCCUUUGAUCUGGAUUACACACUGUGGCCAUUUUGGGUGGAUACACAUGUCAGCGCACCGAUCAAGCCACGAGAUAAUAAUUCCCGGUGUACCGACAGUACUCAAGGUUCUUCAUGCGACAGGUGGAAUGAGUCGUUCGCCUUCUACCCCGCGGUAUCAGCAAUCAUCUAUGCGUGCAAAACCCGCUCAAUUCCGUUAGCUCUGGCCUCCCGGACGCAUACCCCCGACCUUGCCCGGGACAUGCUCAAGGCCCUUCACAUUAUUCCAACUUUCUCUGACAACCCCGCAGCUAAGGCGAAAUCAGUCCGUGCCUUAGAUUAUUUUACCUACGUUCAGAUCUUUCCGGCAAACAAGACACAACAUUUCUCGAAGAUCCACCAGGCUAGCGGAAUCAACUAUGAAGAUAUGCUCUUUUUCGAUGAUGAGGCGCGCAAUCGGAACGUUGAGACCGAGCUUGGGGUUACCUUCUGUCUCGUUCGGGACGGUAUGACAAAAGAAGAGGUUGAUCGGGGUGUCUGGGCAUGGCGUAAAAGGAAUGGAAUAAAGCCUACUGCGCCAAAGGAACAUAAUGGUGAGCAGGCGAAUUGA